UUUCUAAUGAUGAAGUCUUUUUUGAACUUCUGUAGUUGCCGUACAGUGUUGGCAUUAGGAGAAUGUUGUCAAAGUUGAAGGAAGGCCUCGGUGAGGGAAUACAUUGACAAUUGUUUGAAGUUACAGGUUGGCACUUCAGCAUGGGGAAUACCAGUGAUCGUAUGUCUGGUGAUCGCCAUGGAGCAAAAGCCCAUCGCUCCGACAGCUCUGGCGACCAUAAAGAUCUGGAGCCCUGUAAGAUGGUGGACAGCACUGAUGACCCUAACAUCUUCAAUACGUCGAAGGGGCCUGGAGAUAAAGACUUCACCCCAGACUUAGAAGACAUGGUGAAGACUAGUCCUCAGGCCAGGCCUACAGUGAUCCGCUGGGGAGGAGGAGGAAAGGAGGUCUACAUUACAGGCUCCUUCAAUAACUGGAGCGCCAAAAUUCCUCUCAUUAAGAGCCACAAUGACUUUGUGGCCAUCCUGGAUUUGCCUGAGGGGGAGCACCAGUACAAGUUCUUCGUAGAUGGACAGUGGGUCCAUGACCCGUCAGAGCCUAUAGUCACCAGCCAGCUGGGCACCAUUAAUAAUCUGAUUGAGGUGAAGAAGUCUGACUUUGAGGUUUUCGACGCUCUGCAAGUGGACUCUCUGGAAUGUUCCGACACCUCAGACCUGUCCAGCUCGCCUCCUGGUCCUUACGGACAGGAAGUGUACAUGUUCAGACCGGAGGAACGCUUCAAAGCCCCGCCCAUUCUUCCUCCGCACCUCUUACAAGUCAUCUUGAACAAGGACACAAACAUAUCCUGUGAUCCUGCCCUGCUGCCAGAGCCAAACCAUGUCAUGCUGAAUCAUCUUUAUGCUCUUUCAAUUAAGGAUGGAGUUAUGGUCCUAAGUGCUACACACAGAUAUAAGAAGAAAUACGUAACCUCUUUGCUGUACAAGCCCAUUUAAAUGUGUGUGCAUGUGUGUACCCGAAGGGGCUCGGUGUGAGCACGUGUUUGCAUUCUGUUGUUCUCGCCGACUGCUGAUUGCAUCCGGACACUCCAGAAUUCCAGGCUUCUGACAUCUGCUCUGUUAAGGAAAACACACAAGAUGCAUUCUGACGUGCUUCUGAAAUAUGUUGGAUGUUUUCUGGACUUAAGGGCAUACUGCACCUAGUGACUGUAAUCGUGGGUGUUUGGAUUGCAUGGUUUUUGCAAUGUAAAAUAGCUUACAAGGGCUUCUGUCUGAUGCUUAAGCAAUAGAGUUCUUCGAGGAGAAGGCCGUGAGCUUGAGUGUCGGUGACAUUGUUUGGGUGUCUCUGCUGUUUCACAGUGGUUUUGUAGGCCAAAAAAGUGUGGGAAAGCUGUAAGAUUAGUGUUGUGUUCUAUUGCAUGAUGAUCAGCGUUUGAAGUUAUAAUGCAUUUAUUUCAGCCCAAAAGGAGAAAACGUUUUUUCUUUUCUUUAAUUGGCAUAUCUGGUUAAGUCCAGACACGUAGUGUAGUGGAUUCAGACAGAUAAAGUUAUUUAUACAAAAUACUGAUCACUUGAUCGGCCCAUGAUAAUAAAUGCACUUUAAACCCACUCAUUUUGGCAGUGAGAAGGGAUGUUUGCGUAAGAUUUGACCUAAGAAGUAGACACAUUGUGUGCUGAUGCUUUGAUGGAGAGUGUAGUCUCUGCCAUUCUUUCAGAUAUCACAGUUGCAGAUGUUUUGGUUUUCUUGCUGUUUGUAUUUUAUAUAUUUAUUGCAUUGUGUUGGUUUGAUUUGCUACAUACAGUAGAACUAUUUAUUGUGAAUGCAUGUAUAGCAUGUCUAAAGUGGUUUUAUUAUUGUCUGGAUCAAUUAUACUUUUAGCACAUUUUUGAUGAGUGUCUCAAUCCUCAGUCAGUCAGCAGCACUCCAGUGAAAUUAGGUGCAUGGAGUACAUCUAUACGUCAAUUGCAUAGGAACUGCAUGUUAAACCCGGGUAACGAUGCACAGGCUACGCUACGCUACGCUGUCAUAGACUAGAGGACUACUUGCUGAUGAGCAUCCGGUGUUAGAUUUAGCCAGGCACCAAACCAACAAUCACUUAUGAAUGAAUUGACCGUCCAUUUAACAUUGAGUUCUCUGGCAGGUUUUGCAACUCCUCUGUAAGUAGCUUUUUCAAAUGUAAGUCAAGGCUAGUGCUAUUUGUGCGGUUUGCGUCUCAACCAAAAUGUAACUUUGUAUACAUGGCAAGCCCGUUGUUGUCAUUUACAGACACAACUUCAUUUAGUUGUAUUUUGGAUGGAUUUCUCUCUUUCAGUUUCGUAUUUAAACCGGUGCAUCAUAUUCAUUUGUUUGCACUUAUGUACUUUAUGGUUGUGCUUUGAAUGUGAUGGCUGCUGACAGAUUGUAGUGGCUAAGUGUCAGCUGUUGGUUUCAUGACCUUUCCAGUAAUCACUGGAUGGCGUUUUACCCCUCAAAUGUUACUCAACAAAAAUAUGGCUGCAUAUAGUUCCUGAAACUGACUAUGGUGUAAAAUAUGAAAAACUUGAAUUUUGAAAAAACUUUGUAUUUCUUUCAAUAAUAAUGUAGCUCUGUGAAGUUGUCACUGCUCUUACAAAAAAUUACUGCAGUUUUUCAAGUGUCAAAAUUAUUUUCAGUUAAUGUGCAGGAUUUUGGACAAGAAAUUGCAUUACAACUAUUGUAUUGAACUUUACUGUAGAAAUGCAGUAUGAUUGUCCUAAAAGUGCAUUGCACUGUAUUGUACUUCAAAAAACUGUAGUUUAACUGCAGUUCUUUGUCCCAUAACUGUAGUAUUUUUUGUAAGGGUGUCUCAGUUGUUUUGAAAUUAAAGAGAAAACUGCUAC